AUGGGCCAAAUAAUUAAGAUUUUUCUCUAUAUCCUAUCUUGCUCACAAACCUAUUCAAUCUCCUUUACAAGAAUCCCAGCAAUGGACUCUCCACCUUCUAAAAGAGAAUACGCAUUAUUAGCUUACAACAAUGAAACAGAUAACUUGAUUGUAUUUGGAGGUAACCUGGACGUAUCAAUUGUCUAUAAUGACGUAUGAUCAUUUUCCUUAGAAACAAAAACCUGAUCUAACCUUGUCCCACUUUCACAGAUUUCGCCCAGUAUUUGUUAUUAUAGUUCCAAGAAUAUUUUUUGGAGGUUUCGUUGAUUCUGUAAAAAACAAGCUUUAUAUUUUUGGAGGCCUGACACUAAAUGGACCACUUAACGAUAUGUGAAGUUAUGAUCUUAAAAGUUUACAAUGAAAUAGUAUAAAACAGAAAGGCGAUAUUCCUUCCUCCAGGUAUAGAUUUGGUUAUACAAGCUAUUAUGACACUGUUGACAGAAAAUUGAAGUUUGCCCUUUAUGGCGGAUGUCUGCCGUUUGGAUACGAUAACAAUCUAUUUAUGUAAUCUCAAGUCAGAUUUAACGUUGAAAACUCUACUUGGACGCUUCAGAAUUUUCAAAAAGUAAUUACACCUAAGCUAGAUUUCGCGUUAAUUGAGCAUCUAAAUGGCUUUAUAUAUAUGUGUGGAGGAAUCGAAAAAGAAAGCUCAAACCCUUUUAACCAAAAAUUUUUUAGAUAUGACAUACACAAUAAUCUAUGAGAAAAUAUCACAAAUAGUCUGAAUACAUAUACAAGCACUUAUUACGCAGGAAGUGCUAUAAUAGGCACAAAUUUUUAUUUAUUAUAUGGCUGAUCUGAAGAAUUUUAUGGGGAUAUAGAAAAUAUUAUGACUGUCGAUCUUUCAGACCAUACAUAUGAAUGAAAAUACGUUAACCCUAUAACUGCUGAUACAGUCUCUUUUCCGAUUAUCAGAGAUUCUUUAAGUUUUGCAAGUAAGCCUGGCUCUUUUUAUAUGUUUGGAGGGUAUAGUGCUUCAUUAGGAAUUAUACUGAACAAUAUGAUAGAAUAUACCUUAAAUGGGACUGAGCUAGAAUAUAAGUUUAUUUCGCCUGAAUAUUUAAGCCCAAGUGUCAGAGAAAGGCACUCAUUGAAUGCCAUUUAUGAUAAACUUUAUUUAUUUGGAGGGAGAAAUCAGACUUUGCUUUUAAACGAUUUUUGGGUUUUUUAUCCAGAAAAAGAAAUUUGGGAGCCUGUUUUUCUGCUAGGAAAUAACCCACCACCAAGAAGUGGUCAUGGCUCUGACUCAAAAGGUGACAUCUUGGUAAUUUUUGGGGGAGAAGGAUAUGCAGGAUAUUCUAAUGAUUUAUAUGUGUAUAACGUCCUUUCUAACCAAUGAAGCUUAAUAGAACCCUCUUCAUCUGAUGAUGUCCCUACUCCUCGGACAGGCUCCUGUGCCAAAAUUUAUUUUCCUUACAUUUUCAUAUUUGGUGGCCUAGCCUUAGCUGGGUAUUCCAAUGAGUUAUGAAUUUUUGACAUUUCUACCUAUACCUACACUUUAGUCUACGAUGGAACUGACGAAGGUCCAGCACCUUCUGCUUUUUCUUCUUGCAAAAUCGAAAUUGAUGACAGUGAAAACAUCUUAUUUUUCACUUUUUAUGGGACUGGCAAAGGAGAAGCGCCAUUAGGAGAUGUGGACUAUUUUAAUUUUACCUCUAAUAAAUGGACAAAUGUAUACACUACAAAUUAUGAGACUCCUAUAACAAAUAGGGCUAAUGCAGUUGUCCAAAAGGUAUCAGACAAGAUUAUAGUAAUGGGAGGAGAUCUAUGGGCUAUUGAUGUCUACAAGGAUAUUUUUAUUUUGGAUUUAAAAGAAAAAAGCUUUAUACCCUUAGGGCUGCUUCCGGAUUAUAUAUAUAGAGCAGCUUAUGUGUAUUAUAAAAAUAAUAUUUAUAUCCAUGGAGGAGGGUCAAUGUAUGGCCACUCUAUGAGAAUUUUGGUAGGCAAAAAUAGUUUUGUAAAAGUUGAUUUUGAGGGGUUAGAUUUUGAGUGCAGUCCAGGUUUUUUUGACAAUAAUGGAGAAUGCCAACUGUGUGGGCCUGGGAGUUAUACUGAUUUUUAUGGGAUGGCCAGCUGUAUACCAUGUCCUGAAGGGACAUAUAAUCCUUCUUAUGGCUUGAAUUCUUAUAGCCAGUGCUAUCCAUGUCCUGAAAAUACUUUUAGCUUAACUUAACUUAACUGUCUGGUGUUUAAGGUGUCUAGUGCCGCACCCCAUAAAAAUGGAGUUAUAGCGAAAAAAUUGAUGACGUCGCCGGGCCAUCUUGGAAUCGCGAUGGUUAGCCCCACCGGCCAAGCCUUCACUUGCACUUCGCCCCUCUUCGCCGCACAUCUCACCCGGCGCGUUGCCGUCGCCCUUGCCCGACUCAGCUCCUGCGCGUGUUCCGCCUGAGGGUCAUCCUCCCUUGGGGAUGUGCUGAGAGGUAAAACUCCGAAAUCUUGAGUGCAAUGAGGAGCUGUUCCUUUGGUUAUCCCCAAAGUUAAACAGCUAUUGCUGUGCAGAAGUUCUCGAGAGAAAACCCAACCCCAUAAAUAAAAUUCCAUGAGGGAGAGAAAAUUAGCAAAGCUAAUUUCUCUCGAACCGAAUGCCAUUUUAUUUAUAUGAAAAUACUUUUAGCAAUGAAAUAGGUAGCAGUGCUUGCAAGAAAUGUCCAGCUGGAAAAAUUUGUCUGACAGGGAGUGUUAGCCCGCUUGAUCAAAGUAAUUACCUCGAUAAAGAGUCAAUUCAGCCUGAUUUGUACACUAGUGGGUCACUAAUUUCUGCUUCAAGUACAAUUUUAAAUUUAUCCUUAAGUUUUGUAGUUUUCUUAUUUCUGCUGAUUUCUAUUGAAAAACUGAGAAAGGAAAUUGCGAAAAUCGAUAUUUAUGACGAAAUGCAUAACUACGUAAAUGAUUCGGUAAUGAUUUUAAGGAGAACUAAAAUUGGAGGAGUGUUUACAGCUAUAUUUAUAUGCUGGUUAAUAUAAAUUAAAUAAAAAUAUUUUAGGAUUUUAUACCUGUGUUUAUUGUAUAGAGAAAUAGGAUGAAAGAAAGUGUUAUUAUAGAAUAAUGGGGUAUAAUAAAUUAAAUAAGAAUUCCAGCAGUAAAUAGCAAUUUAGUCUUAUUAAUUUGAAUAUUUCUUGCAUUUUUAUUGGCUAGCUAUGAGAUUGGCAGCUAUAUAAAUACCAAUGUCCAAGAAAUGAAGCAUUUUAUCCCACUGACUACCUUAUGAGACCAAAUUUCUACUUUUUCAGCCAAUAUUACAGUAUCAGUUAUCGUGUACGGCUACGGAGACUCCUGUGGCUCCGACAAAGUCUGUUCAGACCUCACUGAAUUUUCAUUCCAAUACAUCUCAUAUUCUUCCUAUGAAAUUUACUGUGCCAAAAACAAUGAAGGCAGCUGCAUCAUCAAUGUGGUUUUUACAAACUCAGAACUCUCAUAUGGCUCACAUCUAGAACUGACAUUUAAAGAAAAAUUCAGCUAUGCGUCAGCAUUUAAAGUAAACGUUACAUCAACUUCUUCAAUCCCAGAUGAAAUAAGCAGUAUGUAUCAGUCAUUAUCUGCUAAUAAAUCCACUGUAUUUCGAGGGCCCAGUCCAAGCCAGUUUCAUUUUUCUUUGAUCCCUUCGUAUUUUAUGUCAGAAAUUUCCUCAUGACCCAGCAAACUUACAGGAUACCAUUAACAUUAACAUUAACUAAUAUUAUAGAGAGGCCCGUCGUAUUGACUAGGGUUUCUCCUGCCCUACCUUCACCCGGCUGCUCACCACCAAUCGGCCACGACCUUCAAGAUGUUGCUCCUACUGGACGAGGAUGUGCACUCGCUACCCGUAGUUGGAUGAGUUACGCCACCCAGCAGUACGUCAACAGAGGUUGCCCAUUCCGAAAAUUUGAAAAACAAAUUUUCUGGUAGGACUGUCGCUAAGAUGGAAAUCCAAAGCCUGGACGUAACGCCCAGUUUCACGCUAGGGAGUUGCCCGAUUGAUCAGGAGGUACCUUUCCGAUGCUGCUGAGCUUCCCCUUUCCAACCUUGGAAACCAUCUCCCCUGAGGUAAAACCCUUGGUGUCAGAAUGAGCUGCGGUCGGCCUAGUCCGACGUUGCGCUCCACUGUGCCAAGGUAAAACAUAGCCGGAUACACAUUCCGAGCACCUUUCUCCCUCCACAAGGUUCCCUGCGAACGCAGGCUACAGGUUUUGAGAAAAAGGGCUGGAUCGCCGUCGCCAUUUUAAUGUAUAUACUUACAGGAUACCACGUCUCUAUUAUAGAAGCUCCAGAAGAAGGUUCAGAAGUAAACAUCAUUAGCUUACCUUUUUCAGCAGGAUUAAAGAUAAAUGUGUGGCUUGAUAAGCGAGAAAACUGCUUAUUUACAACAAGAUCACAAAAGAUGUCAUUCAAUAUGCUUGCUAGUAUUUUAAUAGGGUCGAUUUUUGGAAUUGUGAAUGGGGCAGGUGGGGCGAUGAAAAAAUUCGAAAUGGCAUAUCAUGAAAUUUCUGGAAAAAUCAAAAAUAAGAAAAAAGCGACAAAUUUGAAGCAGAGAAGGGAAAAUUAUAGGAAUAUGCUUAAUAGCAAUGUGAUGGAGCAUGUAAAUUUUGACGGAAAUGAGGCAAAAAGUGAUAUAAUUUAUACACAACCUUUAAGUUUGGAAAGUUUUAAUUAUUAA